CGACUCUAGCGGGAUAUUGAGACAAGUCCGUCACAGUCUGCUGACAGAGCUCGUACCACGCUCGUCAAGAGGAAAAAUCAAAACAAUGAACAUGGCGGAGCCGAGCAACGAGGCUGCCUCCUCGAGCAGCGUUUCAGAGCAGGCCGCGUCGGUUGCACCGAUGCGAGACGAGCUUGAAAAGGUCGAGGAUUUCCUCGAGCCCGACAAGAAGCGUCGUAAGCAGGUGCGCGGCGAUGGGAAAACCGAGCAGAAGUUGGAGCACCGAUUGGGCGGCAUCCUCUGCUGCGCAGUUUGUCUUGAUCUGCCCAGGGCGGCCGUCUAUCAGUGUACUAAUGGACACUUGAUGUGUGCUGGUUGCUUCACUCAUGUCCUCGCAGAUGCCAGGCUACGAGAUGAAUUGGCUACCUGUCCUAACUGCAGAAUUGAAAUCAGCAAAACGUCUGCAUCACGAAAUUUGGCAGUUGAAAAAGCGGUAUCCGAAUUGCCGGCAGAAUGUCAAUAUUGCGCCAAGGAGUUCCCACGGAAUUCCUUGGAACGUCACGAAGAAACGAUGUGCGAGGAGAGGAUAUCCAGUUGCAAAUACAGUAGGAUCGGUUGCCCAUGGCGAGGACCAAAUCAUGAAGGACCAGAGCACGAAGCACAUUGCGUUCAUCCUCAUCGCACUGGGGCAGAUGUUAUGGAAGCUUUACGCGACAUUGAUGCUCGUACUUUAGAAGAACGUAGGCUCUAUGACAAUGUCUUUGAUCUUUUGUCCUACGAAAAAAUCACUUUCAAUGAUUUACAAAUGAAGCCGUACCGUACCGAUGAAUUUGUUCAUAAAUUGUUUUACGAAACGUCUCGUUUCACGGCAUUCAAUAAUCAAUGGGUUGUGAAAGCGAGGAUCAACAAUAGCCAACGCGAUCCUACUCAAAGUUCUGAACGCGAUAUAACUUAUCAGUUGAUCCUGAAAACGAAAACGACAUAUCCAUUACCCCUGCACUAUUUGAUAUUGAAAGGACCCUUUGGUGAUAUGAAAGUACAGCCAAGAAUUCAUAGAUUUGAAUUCACGGAACAAGACAACGAAAGUCCAUAUUUGCCUAUACCAUUACCAGAUACGGCAGAGUGUAAUAGACUUCUUGCUGCAAAAGCAAUUAGUUUCAGGUUAAUAAUGUUCCUGGCAUCUAAAUAAGAAUAUAUUUGUUAUCGUAAUCUUACGGCGUAACAGAAUGCGAUAACUCAAUUUCUUAAGUAAUAAUUAUAAUGAAAAUGUAGAACACAAAGAGUUAGAGAACCAUUUAUAGUAACAAUGAUGAUAAAGCUUAUAAUAUGAUUAUAAAGAAA